CUGAAGACACGACGACGGGCACGGGCAAGAGACGCCGCCGCCGCCGCCGCCACCAGCAGCAACCCCGGCUAACAAAAGCCUGAGCGGACGCGCCAAGCGGGAAAACCCCUGCGCCAAGUUUGGAAGUCUGUCCUCUUGCAGGGCCCGCAAAGCAGCAACAGGUGCCAACAGCUCCCUCGACGGUGCGCCGCCUUGCCAGGCCCCUGGUGCCCAAGGGCUAAGAGCCAGCGCCCUUCUCAGCCCUCGUUCGAGUGGCCCAAGAUGCCCCGGGGGUUCCUGGUGAAGAGGACGCGUCGAGAAGCGCCCAUUUCCUACCGGAUCCGAACCCCGCAGAAGGAGGUGGAUGGCGGCGGGGUGCCGUCGGGCCUGCUGCUCCCCGGCGGGGCCUUGGCCUUGCCCUCCUCCGCCCCAAGGAAGCUGCCCCGGGCCGGGGGGCUGCCAGACUGCCCGGCCCCAGGGCCCGGCCCCCUGCGCCUGGCGGGAAGCGCCGCGCCGCUGGGCAGCUGUGUGGAGCGAGGGGGCCUCCAUUCGGGAUCGCCGGCCCCAGGCGCGUCCGCCCCGACUUGCGCCUCGCAGGCUCUGGGCACCGGGUCGGCCUGCGCGCCGUCGGCUAAGCAGCCCAGCGCCCUGGCGCCCGCGAAGAAGGCCGGCGGCGGUGGCGCAGCCCCUGCCCGAGGGGCGGUGGUGCUGCUGGGUGCCUUCGUGUGUCAGCUGUGCCAGGAGUCCUACCCCGGCCCGUUGGCCCUGGCGCAACACUGCUGCUCCCGCAUCGCCCGCGUCGAGUACCGCUGCCACGAGUGCAGCAAGGCCUUCAGCUGCCCGGCCAACCUGGCUUCCCAUCGCCGCUGGCACAAGCCCCGGGGCGGAGGCGGCGGGCACGCAGGGGGCACCACCAAGGAGAACGAGAGCCCCGAGCCGGGCAACGCGCCCAGGGGGGCCCUGCCCCACCCCGGCGCCGCCGAAGGAAGCUACUGCUGCUCGCAUUGCCCCAAGCGCUUUCGCCGCCGGGCCUAUCUUUGCAAGCACUUGGCUCUGCACAGCGCCGGAGGGCAGGUGUUGUCCGAAAGCCAGUGCCUCCGCGGCAAUCUCGCCCCUUGGCCGAAGAAACCCUUUUAAGAAACCCCGCAAGGACUGGGAUCGAGGACGCACUCUCAGGGAGUGCUGAGAAGGGGUGGGGGCAGCAUUGCCAAGGCCUGGCCCCACAGGCCCCUGCCCCAGCUGUUCGAAUUGGGGAGCCAGGGCUA